AUGCGUAUCAUUCCAGAUACUUCUGGCAAUCGGGUUGUUGCCCGACAAUGCUCAUCCUCGCCCAAUGAGUCAAAGCAACUGAAGAACUACAUCAGAAGUGUUCACGGCUCAGACCUCACGGUGUUGAAGUUUGAAGUGUGCAACACUGACCUGUGCAACGUCGUCGUCCCUCGCCCACAGUCUUCGGAUUCUAGCGGUGCUGUUUCUAUGGCGGCAUCCUCCCUCGGCCUGAGUUUGGCUUUGGGAGCGUUAGCAGCCCACCGCCUGACCGUUUGAGCGCCGCCUCUUCAAAAAUGUGUCCGUUUACUUCAAUGUCUGAUUUGCGAUGUGGUGCAUUUUCGUGUUAUAUGUACUUAUUGCCAUUUCUCGCAUUCGAUGUGUCGGUUUAAUGUAGCUCCAUACACUCGGCGAGUAGCGAGCCGAUCACGAGUAGUAGAGAUGCUGGGCGAAUUUUCGAUUCCUCUGAUGUGUCCAAAAGAACUCAAAGCGAUCAGUUGGGCGAGCCCCGAAUUUCGUUGCUCGGCAACCAGCACGCAAUCAAUCUCUACUAAUUGGGACUCGGCGAGCGGUUGCUGGCUACUCGCCGAAUACUUAAUGUGUGAUGUCACCAAAACGGAUCCAUUUUCAUGUUGAAUUUUUAUUUUGUUUGAAAUAAAUCUUAAGAGUGAUAUGACAGUAUUACAUGAUUUGAAAACGAAAUAUCAUUUUUGUGUAUGAAGUCAUUUUCCUAUAAGUCAUAAUUAACAAAUGGAGAAUACCUAAUCGAAAUUUGAAAUAAAUAAUUAGUAUUUUCAUUAGAAAAUUCAGAGACCAAAGUUGAAAGUCUAACACAUUUCAGCAAGAUUUUUCAGGUAUUUUUUUUAAUCGAGAGAAGUUAAGUAAAGGUGUGUUGGUCUUCAAAAUGUCACAUUCUAGGUGUAAAUUUGUAGGUGUCACAUUGUAGGUGUCAUAUGCUUUUCUUCUUAACUAUUGUGAUUUUAUCUUUUUCAAACCUGUUAUUAGUCUUAGUAGGUACCUGCAUGACCAAUUAAUUUAUAUGACCAUACGAGUUCAAGAUACAGUACAAUUUUUUCUCCUGUUAGAUUUUUUAGUGAGAAGACAAACAAUAAGGAUUCAAAUAAUUUAUAUAAUUGCAAACCAAGGCAAUUAUUUCAGAAAUAACUGUCCUCUUCAAUGGCAGCAGCAUCUUUUAUUAAUGGAUUUUCUUUGAUUACAUUACUAAAGUAAAAACUGAAACCAUUUAGAAUAACCAUGGUAGUGCAAUUUCAAAAAGGUAAUAAAAUAUGCUGAAGAUUUUGAAUGAAUUAUUCAUGUUUUUGCACAGAGACCUUUACCUUCGUUCUCCACAAAAUAGGCUCCCUAUUCAAGAAACAUAAAUGUAUUUAAUUUUAGUGUGAAAUAAACUUUUAAUUUAUACUCAUUCUUUGGCUAGAUUAGAUGUGAUGAUGCGCAAUACUUAGUUCCUAUGCAUGCUUUACCUAAUUUGUUGUCUACAAGAUAAAGUAUGUUCUGUUUUUUAUUUUUUUAUUUUAAUGUAAUAUUAUUGGUGUUUAACCCAAUUUAUUAUUAUAUUAAUUAGAAAAGCUAAAAGGCCUGAUGAAAACUUGUUUUGUUAUCAGUAUUUUAAAAUAUAAAAAAAGUGUUACAAAUAAAGUAGUUGGCAAACAUAUUGACAAUAUUAACGAGUAUUAUCAACUCAUAAAAUGGGUUUUUCAGUGUGAAAUGUAUGGAAGAUAUAAGUAGUGAACUUACAAAGUAAGACCUAGUUCUCUGAUAUAUCAAAAAUAAACAAUUUCUCAGAAUUUCGUUGUCACCUGAUCAAAUUCAUCCAUGUCGUUUCUAUAGUGUGAAAUAAUGAAUGUAGAAUUUACUUAAAAUUGUUAAAAGCUUUCCAGAUAAUGUUUAAUGUUAUAUUUCAAUGUCAGUGUAAUUUGAAACGCUUACUUUAGGAACAAAAUAAUAUUCUGUCCAAAGUAAUAAUAAUAUUAAU